AAAAGUAAAGAAGUUGAAUUUGGCAGAAAAGAGUAGAAAAUCUCCACCCGUUACUCUCUGUGUCCAUUAGUACCCACCAAAAUCACUAACUCGCUCACCAUACAUGGCAAAAUCAUUUUCUUGGUUGAGCAGAAAUGGUAGACAGAGCGUAUGAUUUCUUUCUAUUACAGAGAGGAUAUGGAAUCAUAAAGUGAGAUGAGCCAUUUAAUUUAGAGGGAAGGAGACGACGACCGGGGAUGAUGAUGAUGAUAAGAAGAGGAACCCAUGUGAGUUUAUCAUGAAUUUUUGUUCAGGUGGGAACUCCACCAUCUAGCAGUUUUCCUAAUUGGAGAACUCGAUAUUAGUGCAUCUAUUUAAUUUAUUCCUUUUAGACACUCCAAGAGCUUGCAGAGGGGAUGUUUCCUAACUUAAAUAUGGGAGAGGAUGUCAAUUUUUUGCAACGAUGGGACUUUCGAAGGAGAGACAGUGACUUUGAUUCGGAUAACUCGUCAAGUUCAAGUGAUGGAUCGGUUCUCAAGAAGCAUAAACUAGUUUCCAGCUUUAUUUCACUUGAUAAUGACACCAGUAAUGCAAGUAGACUUGAGGAAAAGCAAGACAAAAGCCCUGAUAAUGGAGAUCAAAUCAAAGUAGAUAAAGCUAAAGUGCCAAAAAUCAGGAAGAGUAAAAAGGAUACCUUAGCUAAUAAUCAACCAACGAGAGAUUUUGACGAAGAACCAAAGGUAAACAAGGGUAGAACCAGCACUUGUGAGCAUACUGCAGUGGAUGGUGUUAAAAGCUUUAUGGAGUCCUUGGUAGAAGACCUUAAAGUUGCAAGAGAAAAUCUAUUUAAAUGGAUGAGAGAAGAACUGGGUUCAGAUGAUGCAGAUGUGCAGCCUCUAAGGACGAAAAAACGCAAUACUACAAGGAAGAGAGUCCAGCCACAACACCCAAAAAAAUCAAACAGAAGUGUUGGGACACAACAAAGAGGAAAAAAGAAGAAUGUGAAAGUUGAUAACAAAAAUGUCCAAGUGGAAGACCAGAAUAAGAUUCAGGAGACUGUCCAUGUGCAACAGCUGAACAACAUUGGGGAAAACGUUGGCAAGCAAGAUGAAAACAAGUCUGAAAACGAGAUGAGAAGUCAAGCUGGAUCCACAAUCUUUAAAAGCAGUAAGGCAACUCAUUCGGGUAAUCACUGUCAAGCACUGGGAGAUGUAGCUGCCUAUGGCAAAUUGAUGAGCAAAUCUCUUGUAUCUGUAGAAAAGGAGAAAGGAAAGAAGCUGGCAUCAUCUACCUACUCAACUUUUCAUCAUGCAAAUGUCCAAGCACAACAACAGAAGAGCAUUGUAUUGGGCAUAAGAGCUCCAAGUUACAAAAAUGAAGGCUUGGGGAAGUCUGUUGAGGGAAUAGUAUUUGCAGAUGAUGUUGAUCGUGACCAAGUAACUGGAAAGAGCAAAGGAGAUCACUUGGGACUACCUAUUGAGCCAAAAUUUUCCUUCAAUCCCUCCUGCCAAGUUGCUUCUUCAAUGUACUUAACCUUACCCACCAUAUUAAGUGAGUCCAGUGUGACAAGCCACAAACCUGAUGAAUUUUCAUGCGAUUAUAUCCAAUCGCUAGUAGCUGGCCACAGAGCGUGUGUCAACUCAGAAAGAUUAGACCAUUCAGCUUCUUAUCCUCGGUACCUCCCCGUCCCACAACGAGAGGAAAUGAUUGGCAGCUUUGCUGAAAUGAAUUCCAGAAACAUUAGUUUGUAUGAUCAAACCAGUUGUAUGACAACUGGAUACCCAGGCCCUCUUCAUGGUGUAAAUGGAGGAUUUAGAAUUCCAAGCCAAGUCUACACUGAAGAUCUACAGCUCGAGAAUAGGAACAAAAUGGGACAAAGGAUCAAUGGAGGUGCUCUAGUGCAUUCUGGAGGGAGCUAUGCUUUAGCAGACCAGUAUGUUGCUCCCAAACUUAUUAGUUAUCCGAAUCUUAAACCUCCAACAACAAAUGGUAACGACAGCAGUCUAUUCCUGGACUAGUUUAACAAAGGCGAAUAUUGAAAUUGAAUCAAGCCUCUUCAAUAAAUUAUGGAAAGAGAAGAAAGUGAAGGCUCUCCAAAUUCUGUCGCCAAAAUUUUGAAGGAAAUGUUGAAAAAGAUAGUAAGUUCUUUGAACCAGGAAAUCAGUUACGAAGGAUGUAUAAAAUGCAGAAUAAUGUGGGUGGAAAUUCUCUUUGACUUAUACAAUUUUCGUAAAGCAUUUGAACUUAGUUUUUCUUGCUCUAUUUGAUUCAUGUAUGAAGCCACCGGGAAAAACAAUGAAAACCAAAAUACAUUGUUUUCCAUUUGACAGUUGCUAUGAAGGCGCCACAGAAUUAUUUGAUUCGUAUUA